CAUUCACCAAUCCGGGUUCUUUGAGAACCUAAUUACAGCAAUGGAAUUUGAGGGAGCAGAGUAGAGAGGUUUGUGUUAUUAAUGCAGGGUUAUUAUUCUAAAAUAUUGAGAACAGAGCAUAGCUUGGGUAUCAGUGUCAGUAUCAGUAUCAGUAUCAGUGUCAGUGGUGUGGGUGGUGAACGUGUGGCCAAACCAUCAUUUGGGAGAGGCAACGGCCGCCGCAGAAGAGUCACAAGGAGAGCUGGGAUAUCCAUGGAGGUCGGUGGGUUGGACUCUGAGGGCCGCAAAUUCAACAACGCUGGCGAGAUGUGGACAGAGCAGGUCGGAGACCCUAACAAGAAGACCGACUGGUAUCGUCAAGGCGUUGGCUAUUGGGAAGGUGUGAAAGCAUCGGUGGAUGGGGUAUUAGGAGGAUAUGGGCAUGUGGAUAAGGCAGACAUUGUGGGUAGCGAAGUGUUUCUCAAUACCCUUCUCUCUGAGCGUUUUACCAAUGCUGCUGCUGGUUCCUCAAACCAACACCACUUGGUUGCUCUUGAUUGUGGUUCUGGCAUUGGAAGAGUCACAAAAAAUCUUCUGAUAAGAUUCUUCAAUGAGGUUGAUCUUCUAGAGCCUGUAUCACAUUUCUUAGAGACUGCCCGUGAAAGCUUGGCUCCUGAAAAGCUUAUGGCCUCAGAUAUGCACAAAGCAACUAACUUUUUUUGUGUGCCUCUUCAGGAAUUCACGCCGGAUGCAGGAAGAUAUGAUGUUAUAUGGGUUCAGUGGUGUAUUGGGCAUCUCACAGAUGAUGACUUUGUGUCAUUUUUUAAGAGAGCCAAGGUUGGCCUUAAACCUGGAGGAAUUUUUGUGCUGAAGGAGAACAUUGCAAGAAGUGGAUUUGUGUUAGAUAAUGUUGACCGGAGCAUAACAAGGUCUGAUUCAUACUUUAAGGAUCUCUUUCGUCAAUGUGGACUGCAUCUCUACAAGUCAAAGAUAUGGACUUGUAUCUACCUUGGUGCCAUGGAAGCAUUGUCACUUUGUGAUCUGCAAGUCACAAAUGUAAUAUUUUCUACUGUUGAGACCAAUUAACUGCAUAUAAUAAAUAUAAGUUAGGUACCCAAUAACUGUGCAUAAUUUAUGGUUUAAUUUUUAUUUCUACUUGGCAACAUUAGUAUUUAUGAAAAUGUUAUCCUUUAAAACUUUGGUAACUAGCACCAUGGCUUGUUCAAAUAUAGGUGUAACAUUGAACCCUAGUAACCAGUGGUCAUUUUAUGUUAAUCAUUUGAAUAUGGUUCAAUAUACAGCCUGUACUGGUGAACUGUUAAGAUUCUUUUAUGUAAAUGUUCAUUUACCUUGUAACAGUAACAUUUGUGAUCUCUUUCUUUUAUCAUUGUCACAGAGUUGUUUGUGGAGUUGCAUCGUACAGACAACUUAACCUUUCAAUAUUGCAAAAGAAGAGGUUGAAUAGGGUGAUAAUUAGUAUACUUCAAAGGAAUAACAUGUGGCAAAACUGUGUGUUGAAUUUAUCGUUCUGUUUAUUCAAAACACACGCAUAUAACUGAUCUCCCGUCGCUCUCCCCCAUCCUCGCCUCCCCUCUUUUUUCUUCUUUAUCUAAGCAUUUACAAUUACCAAAUAUAUUAAAAUUAAGUGUUGUAAUUUUACUAGAUAAAUGUGAGUUCCUAUAUGAGU